AUUACAUUUAGAAUAAACUCAAUUAUCUCUACCAACUAAACUAAUACAUUUUUUGAUGGUUCUCUAGAUUUUAAGCAAUUGUGCUAACACGAUUGCUCAUUAAAUACACAAAAUGCCUCUAUACCUAUAGUAUAAGGUCUAACCAGUUAUAACCAAUAAUCUAUGCUAUUUAUUCAAUAUGACUUGGUUGUUGGUUCUGCUCCAGAAAAAUGUACUUUUUUGGUGAACUUUCUCUGUCUUAAACAUAAUAUAGUCGCGAAUAUUAUCUUUUACCCAGUAUAUGAUUGAUUUACAUACAUUUAAGAUUUGUGAUAUUGCAUUUUUAAAGAAACAUUUUCUAAGUUCGUCAGCAAUUUGCAUAUUUCCUAACUAGCAACAGUAACGACUGAACACAAAUUUAUAACUAGAUUUUAUUAUAAGUUACUGACAGGCAUGACCUGUACUUUGUUUGUUCCUUACAGAGAAAUCCAACGUGAGAGACAGGCCGGAAGGACAAGAAACGAAUAAGGCGUCCUCUAACCUUACGUUUGAGAGAAUGACAACUGCAAGAUCUACUGGUCGAAAACGAAAGAAAAGGAGAAAUAAAAAGCAAGCUAUGGAAAGUCCAACUUCUGCGAGUAAAAUCAGGACAAGAUUGGCGAACAACAAAGUUAGCGAUUCCAAUGAAAGUGACGGGGAAAAAUCAACUCCCAGAGGAGGACACCUAGAGUUGGUACCACGUGAUCGGAAACUGCCACCACUGGAGAGAACCAGUGAACAGGAAAACACGGAAGUAAAGAGAUUAAAAAAGAAGAAACAAAAGAAAAACAAAAAGCAGAAGGACGAAAAUGAACAGGUAAAGACCAAUGACAUAGAUAAUACUGCUCCUUUACCGAAUCAAGUUGCCGAGAGCUCUUCUCAUUCCGGUAACAUGGUUACGUUAAUAGUUUCAGCGUCCAAUAAGCCAGAACUUACAGACCAGGAACCAGAUAGUCAGCCUGGCAUUGUAGAUGUGACUACAUCUGAGAAUAUAGAACAAAAGCCAAAUAUGGAACCUGGAAAUUAUUCGAGAUUGAGUGUUGGCCCUAACACGCAGCCAAGUGAGGAAACACAAGAAAUUUCAGACGCCAAAACGACAAGUGAUACUAACACCGAAACUGAAACUGAUUCUGCUGUGGAAAAGAAGGAACGAGAAGGGCUGAAUUAUGGUGCUAGCUCACGACAGAGUUCCGAGGGCAAUACGCAAACCAAUACCGAAACUGAAAAUGGACAUGAGACUCCCGAGAAAAAGUCGCACGGAUUAAAAGAUGGUGAAAUGAAUGAUAAUACUAACGAUAACGCUUCUGACAGCGUGACGAUAUUUUAGAAGGACAGAACAAUGUUGUCUAUACUUUGCAAGCAGACAAUGACAGUCCAUCAUCAUUAACGUCGAUGUGCCUGCGCAAGAAAAUGAUGAUGAAUAGUUGGAUCCUAGUAACGUAGCAGCAGAUGGAGGAACAACUUUAAUAUCGUCAGUAUUUUUAUACAGAGUAUUGGGAACAGCAAUCCUUUGUAAUAUUUUACCAAGUAUUUUCAGUAUUCCGGCCAUAUUUAAUACAAUACCUUCUGUAUAUGGACUCUUAAUGUUUUGUACGGGUAUAAAAUGAGGCUCUUUUACUCAUUAAUCCGGACAUUGGUCGUCUGGAACUCAUUUUUGAGUCCUGGUACAUUAUGGUAGCAAUAUAAAGCAUUCGUCAGGAUAAAGGAAAAGUGCUUUGUACUUGAAUACUGGUGAUCAUAUAAUUGUAUGCCAUUCUUUUGUUCAACGUAUACUACCUUACCUUAUACUUAGUUAUAUGUAUUGUUUUCUUCCUAAACAUUAUUUCAGGAUCUGUUUUAUGGUUUGGUAUAAAAAUGAUAUAAUCCGUCCAUAUUUUUACAAAAUUGCAGCUUCUUGAAGUACAUUUUGUAAGUACUAUAAAAUAAAACAUGUAUAUCUAUAUUGUACAUACAAAGAAUCUUAAACAUGUAUAUCUAUAUUGUACAUACAAAGAAUCUAAAACAUGUAUAUCUAUAUUGUACAUACAAAGAAUCUUGUUAGAGAUAAUUGUUUACUCAUUGUUGGUAAAAAAAAGUGCAUGUUUAGGUUCCAUUGUCUGUGUCACGUGUAACUGUUCAGUCCACCAUGCUAUGAUGGCUGGCUAUACAAAUCGCCCUACGUCAGUGGUCAGUAGUACCCCCUCCACCUGUACAUGAUCCUGAUUCUAUUUCUUGAGAAUUACUGGGAGGAUAAUCCUCACAGUUCACAUGUAGGUUCUUCUUGGUCUAUACUUGUGCCCUUUCAAUUUAACUCUAAUCUGGAAAAUGUUAUGGCCGACAGUCGGCCAUCGUGGGUUUUGACGUUGAAUAUUGUUCUCGCUAUGUCUUGAAAAAGUGGUGGAAGGAUAUUUCUUAACUUCAAAUGUAGGUUUCUGUUAGUCUCAGUAAGGCCUCUUCCAUUUCAGUUCUGAUUUGGAAAUCAAAACAAAAGACACGUAACAAUCCAAGAUUUUAACAGUUGAAGUUUGUUAUCGCUUUUUCUCAGAAAGUUCUUCUUACAUUUUUUUUUAGAUUUUAUAUUGUAUAAACGUUUUCCUUGUUAUCAACGUAUUUAGGGGAAGAGAGCAAAGAAUGGUAAAUUAGAGAAAUUAUCAGUCUUACGAAGAACAAUAAAGCCCAUUCAAUGGUGGGCGCCAAAAUACCUCUGGGAUCUAUUGUUUGUGACAGUCCUCGUGUCACAAUCACCUGUAACGUUUUUUGUGAUAGUCACGUGCCUAUCACGUGCCUAUUUUGACUAGCUGUUGUGAAACAUGUUUUCUAUCUGAUGUAAAUAUUGAAAUAAGCUUUCAGUAAUAUUACUGAAUUAUGUCUUAACAUUUCCAAAAAUGAUUUCAUUCUUUAUAUUUCGUGGAGUCAUUACGAUCAUCCAAUUUUCGGAAAUAAAUCCAUAUUUUUUACGUUUCUGCUUUUCGGCCUUCGUCAGGCAAAGGCCAUUGAUCAUUACUCUGAAAAUUCCGAUUUCGUUCAUAUACCGUGGACAACUUAUAGAACUACCCAAUUAUUAUAAUUCCGUCCUUUACUAAUUGAGAUUUUCAUGGAUUUUAAAUCACUGUCAUUUUGUACAAAUGCCAUUUUCAUUUUUGUACAUGUACAUUGUUUCUUAAAUGUAAAACGCUUUUAGGAAAAGUUGAAAAUGACGUCAAUGUCUGUAUUCUUUAAUCAAGCAGAUAGCUAAAGAGUUGUUUGUAUUCAUUAAAUGUCAAAAUUACUAAAUCUAUCAAAUAAAAUGUUUUGGUCAUGCUCAUUUCGAGUAUUGAAAUAAUAUAGGCCUUGCUUCAAUCUAAAAAAAA